AUGUAUAAAUAAUUUAUUGAUGAUGAAGGACAAGAAAGAUAAAUUUAAUAUUUAAUUGAUUUAGGUAUUGUGUAAUAUAAGAAAAGGAUUUUCUGAGAGUAAAGCAAGAAAAGGAGUAGAAUAAUUUGGUUAUACAAUAUCUUUAGAAGAUUUAAUUAACAGAAUUUUAGACAUGAGCGAUGAUGGUUCAAAAAAAUCAAAUGGAAACAAAAUUAGUUUGAUAUAAUUUUCAGAAUCUAGCAGUGAAAAAAACUCGCCUUUUAACUAACCUUUAUAAUAAUAAUAAUCUUAAUAAUAAUGUUAGAUAAAAUAGAUUUAAUAUCCUUAAAGAUAAGUGGGCUAGCAAUUUCAAUAGCAAUAAAAAUAAUAAUAGUAAUAUUAAGAGUAGUAAUAACUCUAAUAGAAUCAAUAACAAUUAAUCCAACCUUAAUAAUAGCAAUUUAUUUACUAAAAUAUUUUAUAGUAUUAAUAACCUUUUGAUUUUGAAGAGAUUGCCUAAUGUUAGGUUUGUUUUACAUAACCAAUAUAAUGGAUUCAUUUUGAAUGUAAACAUAAAUUCUGUUAGCAAUGUGUAAUAAAGUAUAUAAAAGCAUCAAGGAUAAGAAAAUUAGAUUAAGUAACUUGUUUAUAAGAAGAUUGUCAUUCCAAAUUAAUUAAAGAAGAAAAUCAUUUAGUUAGCAAUGAAUUACUACCUUAAAUUGAUGUAUUUUUAAUGAUAAUUUAGAUUGAACCAUAUAAUGAACCAAUAUGUUUAAAAUGUAAAUUACCAUAAGUGGCUCAUAAAUUUAAAUUAUUUUCAAAUGCUUGUGACAAUGCAGAAUUCACAAUUUUAAGUGCCUGUAUUAAACAUGAUGAAGAAGGCAAUUAAUUAUAAAGAUGUCCUUAAUGUGGCAUAUGGGUUUAAAAAUCUAAGGGAUGUAAUUCAGUUUUAUGUUCGUACAUUUUUUAUUUAUAAAAAGAUUAGCUAUUGUAAAUUUAAUUGGUGCUGGUUAUGUAGACGAUAAUGUGAUAGUAAUCAUUAUGUGUUUUUUAAUCCUGUUGGAUGUCCAGGUUUAGGAGCAGAAUAAUAUACUAUUGAAUAAUAUCCUUGGCAUAAAAUCUGUUGGAUUAGAGUAAAAGUAAUUUUAAUCUAUUUCCUUUUAAUUUUACUAUGCAUCAUUGUAUAUCCUUUUUUUGUGGCUUAAGUAAUUAUUCGAAGAAUGAACAUAAUUAAUACUCAAGGAAAUAUAUGUUAUCGUUUAUUGAUCUAUACUGGAAUUGCAAUUUUAUUUUUAGUCCUAUCUUGUUUAGCUAUCUUUCCUGGGAUUAUUAUUUUCAUUUUUUCAUAAAAAGCAAGGCAAAUCGUUUUCGUUGGUUGA